GUUGCCGACCUGCUAUAUACGUGGUUGUGACACCCGCCCCCUCCAUUGCUGUGAUACCCUGUUCUUCUGCAUCUGCUGUGCCCACACCCCACGGUCACCAUGGCUGAUUUUAUCGCUUUUCAUACUUAUUAUUCCCGCCACAACUUCCUGACACCUUCGACAAUGCUUCCACGCCCCACCAGCCACAAACGGUCACAUUCCUCCGAGAAUAACUCUCUUUCCCCCGACAAGACCGUUACCAAAGCCAGGUCCACCAAUGAUCUGUCCGGCAUCGCGGCCGGAAAGCCGACCCCCGGUAUCCGUUCGUCUAGUGUAGGCAAUUUUCAAGAAAGCAGCUUCAGCACCUUGAAGGACCCCAGGCUUGCAAGCCACUCGGAAGAGUCGGAGACGUCGGAUUCGACGCAAUCGCAUCAUCCAGAUCUAAGCAACGAGGUCGCAGCGUUGAGCGUCAAGCUUGUGCAGGCGAUCAACAAUCAAACCACUCUAGAUGACAACCUCGUCGCAACCCGUCAGGAAUUGGAGCAAGCCCAGGCCAAGAUCCGGGUUCUUGAGUCGGAAAAUGAAAAGCACCAGCGAGACAUCGACCAGCAGGUCCUGAUCAAGAAGGCCGACGUCGACUACGAGAUGCUGCGCUUGCAAGCUGCCUUGGCAGAGGAGAAGGCGCAGCGCGCGCUCGCGGUACAGGAAAAGAAGGGCAUCGAACAAGAAUUGGAGACAUUGACUGCCGCGCUUUUCGAGGAAGCCAACAAGAUGGUCGCGGCUGCUAAGCUCGAGCGUGAAGCGGUAGAGAAGAAAAACGAACAGCUGCGUUCUCAAGUCAAAGACACGGAAGCACUUCUUGCAUCGCAUCAAGAACAGUUAGCCGAAUUGAAGUCCGUGUUACAAGCAAUGAACAUCUGCAAGGACGAUCUUGACACCCGCACAAUCAACUCGACAGCUCCAUCGUCACCAACGGCACCGCGGCAUCCUUUGCACAUCAAGAAAAAAUCUGAGACGCCCGACAUACCGGAGGAGACCGCACCCUGCGAAGAAAUUACUCCAGGGCCAUCCACCAGUUUUCCCCAUCUAAUCAAGUCUGUCUGUCGAACAGAUAUCCAGGCGUACGAGGAUUUCCGGGAGCUCUUUACAACAUCCAGAGCUUCCAAACCCGCCAGCCGGGCCACAAGUGGGUCUUACACUGGAUUGAACGUCAUGAGCUUGGCUAGCCUGGGAAGCGGUGGGUUCGGUUCAGCGUCGUCAUCUCCCGCCAAAUCUCAAACACACUCUCCCAAUGGAAGCGUGUCUUCUCCACAGCCCGUGACCUCCCACAUCCCUCUCAAGGAGACCCGCUUCUACAAGCGGGUGCUUGCCGAGGACGUUGAACCAACUCUAAGGCUGGAUGCUGCGCCCGGAAUAUCCUGGCUUACCCGACGCUCAGUAUUGAGCGGGAUCUGCGAUGGGAGUCUGCUGGUUGAGCCGAUGCCACCUUCAGCGAAGAAGUACGAGUUCCCAUGCUCACUAUGUGGUGAACGGAGAAAUGGCUCCAUCAACGAGAGGACCCAUCGGUUCCGGACGUCCGAUAGUGAGACUGCUCAACGAUACCCUCUAUGUGUGCUGUGUUUAGAAAAAGUGCGUUCAUGCUGCGAAUUUACUGGUUACCUUCGACUCAUCCUUGAUGGACAUGUUCGUAUCGGCGAUUCGGAAGAAGAAAAGGAUGCAUGGGAUGAAACGAUUCGCUUGAGGGAGAGAAUGUUCUGGUCGCGCAUCGGAGGUGGUAUCAUCCCUCUGUUCGCCCACAACAAUGGCUUCCAUGGGAAUGCCCCCAUAGCCACUGAAGCUGCCACUGAUGAUGCAGAGGUUCCUGCUGCCGAUGGUCGUGAGGAGUGUCAGCGCUCCAUCAUUUCCACAAUCCCCGAGCACAUGACUAUACAAACCACGAAUUUGGACGACAUUGACGGCGAGCACGUUCAUGACGAGGGUUCCGUGGGAGACGAUCCAUUUGUAUCUGCGCCUGAAUCGGAAUCUACUGCGAGCAGCACGGCGGUCUCGCCGACCGAGCCCAACGCACCAGUCGAGAAGACACCCCUCGGGGAUGUGGACGAGCAGCUUGUCUCACAAACAACUGCUUCUGAGACUACUCAUGAUGAAACUGAGACUGUCAAACCCGCUGUUCAGGUUGAGGAGAUGUGAAACCACCACGACGCCACAAAGAGCGGUGAUAAAUGAUAUGACCGAUGCUGAUUUGACCACGAUUGCUAUCGUUCGAAGACACGGACGCAUUUCGCU